GCUUGCAAAGAUUUUUUUUUUCACAAAGUAAGCGCGCAAAAGAUAAAAUUUCUUCGUACUCAGGAAAUUCUUGGCCUCAGUUCAGCGAAACAAUUCCAAGAGGGAGGCCGCAACACCACGUGAUCAUUUGGAAAAACUAAAAGAAAUUGGAAAUUAGCCCCGAAAAUGUUCAAUAUGCCGAAGAUGUCGAAGGAUGAGCCAGAAGAAAUUUCUGGCAAAAUUCUCUCUGCCCUCGUGAAAAUCAAAGCGCCCGAUGAGGUUUAUUUCAAGCUCAAGGAGUUGUGUGAGAAGGGACGGCCAAAUAGUGAGAAAAUAGACUGUGUCUAUAAGUUGAUGGAUAAGCUGGGUGUCCUUCCGGACAAUAUAAGACAUCAUGAUAAGAAAAGCGACAUGAAAGCCAUGAUAAUUCGCCAAGAAGGAAAUAAAUUCUUCAAAAACGCCAAAUACGUUGAGGCUGUUGUUGCGUACAACCGAAGCGCCUGCUAUGCUGUGUCCAAUGAGUAUAUCAGCAUUGCCAUUGGUAAUCGUUCAGCUGCUUUCUUUGAGAUGAAAAUGUACCAGGAGUGCAUUGAGAGUAUCCGCUUGGCACGGGAGUUCGGCUAUCCGGAGCGCUUGAAGGGGAAACUGAUUGUUAGGGAAGCAAGUUGUAAUGAAGAACUAAGGAAGAGGCCCAAGAUAAGGGAAAUUUUUGUUCCUGAAAUUAUGGUGCCUGUGAAGGAGGAGAUCCCCUUCGUGGCCAGAUCCCUUGUAUUGCGUGAAAAUAUGGGUUUCGGCAGACACGUGGUGACUGAGGAAGACAUCCCCGCUGGGACAUUUAUUGCCAUUGAGGAACCUUACUGCAAGACCCUCAUUGAUAAGGAUAGAUACAAGAGAUGCGCCACAUGCUUUGAGCUAGUCCCCGACAUUCUAAUUCCUUGCGAGAAGUGUCCUCACACAAUGUUCUGCUCCCAAAGUUGCAAGGAUAGGGCUUUUGAGGAGUUUCAUGCCGUUGAAUGCCCAAUUAGUGGAACUCUGUUCAGAGUCUUCACCCAUGUGCAUCUGCUCGUCUUCCGUACGGUCAUUCGUGCUUUCUUGGCAUUCUCAGACGUUGAAACAAUGGCCCAGAGACUCGUGGAAAUUGAAAAGGAGCAGAAAAAUUUCUUCAGCUUCGACUGGACUAAGGAUCUCACACCGGAAGAGCGCUACACACCUAUCCACAACAUGAUCACAAAUGGGAGUGAGAGAGCUGACUUUGAGAUGUUCAUAUUGUGCUUCCAUGCGUCGUUGAUGUUUUACCUCUUGAAAGAAUACUGCACAGUGUUCAGCCAGCGCUUCCUGACCACCCGCAAAGGGGAAGAUCUUCUGAAGAAUCUUCUUUACCACCAUCUUCGCAUUUCAUCCAAUGCAUACUAUCAGUAUACUGUUGAGAACUUCGUCAACAGAGAAAGUGGCUCUGUAUACUUUUACCAUGAAUAUGCAAUGGCAUAUGGAGGAUUUUACAGUCUCCUCAAUCACUCAUGCUGCCCCAAUGUUCUUCGUGUGUCAAUCAGAAGUGCAACUGGGAUAAUCACCGUCAAAAACAUCAAAGCUGGAGAACAAAUCUUCACCUGCUACGAGCCUUGCCACCACGCAGUGGAAGAUGAUAUAUCAGCCCGACGGAUUAAGCUUCUGGAAAAAUAUAAUUUCAUCUGCAGAUGUCCUCUUUGCGCCCAUCCGCAAAACUUUGCUAAGCUUCCAAUAGGAAUUGGGCACCUUGAGGUACCUGUGCAACCAGAUAAAUGCACAUUUGCAAACGCAAAGGAGGGAUUCAACAGCGCAGUUGCAUACCUUCGAUUGUGUAGUGAGUUCUUCGGAGGAUAUCAUCCAGUUUGUGAUGCAGAAGAAAAAUUCAGAGUAUGCCUCAACAUCCUCUGUCAGAAUGUUACUCUGGAAAUCCAACAGAAAAACGCCCUGGACUUCUUUUAAAGAUCAGUUGAUGACUUUUAUUUUCCUAUAAAUCAUUCAAUUUAUCCUUUUUUUUUCCUUACAAACUUUAUGAAUUUUUUUGAGAUUGAAAAAAAUCUACUGAAUUUAUUGAAUUAUAACGAACUUUCAGCAAUUUUGUAGCAUUAAUCAAGAUAUGAAUAAAAUAUCUUCUGUAUGAUUUCUCUGUUGAGUGUGUUGAAUAUGAAAUAAAGCUUAACUUGCAAAAUUUAUCAA